AUGGGCGACCGAGCGCCGGAACAGGACUCGUUUCGGAAUGAGCCUCAAUGCUACAAUUGCGGCAUCACCGGCCACCAGACAAUUGCAUGUCCGGAGCCAACCCGGGCCGUGCCAGCAGGCCUUGAAGCUCACCGCAAACGGCAGGCGUCCAAGGACUACAACGGCAUCAACCGUAGCAACAACAACAAUAACAACAGCCGCAACAGCAACAGCAACCGUGGCGGCCGCCAUAGUUUCAGCAACCACUCCGGCCCGGCUUCCUCGCAGAACCGGCACGCGAACGGCAUGGUCGUCACCCGCUACCCGCCGCCUCCGGGCCCCAACGGUCCGCACAUCACACACUACUCUCAACCAUCGCAGCCUCCACAGCCACCGCCGCCCAUGACACAAGCUCCCCCCCCUCCUCCGCCUCCGUCUCUUCCUCCACCUCCACCGCCACCCCCGUCCGGAGGCGGCGGUGCUCCGUCGUACCAUCAUCCGCCGCACCAUCCUCACCCAUCGCCAUAUCAUGCCCAGACGGGCACAGAGUCUUGGUCGUAUCCUCCACAGCCGUCGUCGUACAGUGGCGGCCAAUACACGCCGACCGGCGGUCCUCCGUCUGCACCGGCAUCGGCGCCGCCCGGCUUCCCAUCGUACGACUCGUACAACCAACAACACCAACAACACCAACAACACCACGGGCCGCCUUCUGGUCCGUCCUCUGCUGGAGGACCGCCGCCUCCGCAUGCACCAUACUACAACCAACAUUAUGGCCCACCGCAGGCCGACUACUUUCCUCAGGCUCCGCCAGGCGUGACUGGACCGCCGCCGCCACCGCCGCCAUCGUCACAAUAUGGCGCCCACAACUAUCAUCCGUCUCUCCCACCAUACCCUUCUCAGACGCAGCCACAGAAUGGCUAUCCUGGUAGUCAGUCUGGUCCACCAGGCUCCUUCCCGCCGCCGCCAGCUUUCCAUUCUUUGCCAGGAGGCGAUCCGGGCCAGUAUCCCGGCCCGGCUGUGUUGUCGGCACCCGCUGCUGUACCGGCAUUCCCACGUGGAAAUGGUGGAAACGGUGGAAACGGUGGAAGCGGUGCCAAUGGCAACAACUCGUGGCAUGCAAAUAAUUCCAACAACAAGCUUGGUGGGAGCAGUUUUGGCAACAAUUACAACAACCAGAACAAUCAGAGCAACCGUGGUAACCACCGUGGCGGUGGCUUUGCAAGAGGGCGCGGCGGCCGCGUGCCGAGUGGACAGUUUCACUCCAGCAGUACACCGGCUGCUGGCUCCCCGCCUACGACUGGUCUGGCCAUACCGAGCGGCCCAAGUAGUGGUAGUGGUGGUGGAAACACACCAAACGGUGCGAGUCAAGCGGAAAAGUCGCCAUCACAACCCGACACAAUCCACAAGCCAGCACUGCCACCAUCAAGCUCGAGCAUGGUGCACAAACUGCCGGAACGGCCACCAGGUAUGCCUGCCAAGCCGCCGACGCCCAUCUCCAUGUCCUAUAAGGGUGGAGGAAGGCCGAGUGCGUCGAGACACGAAGACAAGCCGUAUGAAUCGCCACGCACGCAUUCCGCCGCCGACCACCACGAUACGGGCGCAGGCCUCCACCAGAAGCGCGGCCGUGACGACUACUUUUCUGGAGCCGUAGACCGUGGCGAUGCCAAAAGGGCGCGCCCGUCACCGGCUUUUGGCUCACCCCAUAGCCACAACCAUAGUCAUAGUCAUAGCCACACCCACACCCACACCCAUCAGGGCCCCAUGACGCCAGCAUCACCCACAAGCGACCGCUUCGUCAACAACAUCCCGACAGGGCCACGAAAUGGUCCAAAAGGUCACGCGACCUUGCCGGGACCGAAUGGCCUCGCCUCCAAGCUGCCUAGUGGUUUGCCGGGUGGUGUACCCGCCAGUCUACCCGCGAACCCGGUCUGGGCCAAUCGAACAAUCAACAAUCGCAUCCUGAGCUAUGGCCAGAAGCCGGGAGCAUCCGGUCCACCUGGUCCAUCUGGUCCAUCCGGUCCAUCCGGAGUGCCUGGGCCGCCUGCGCCUUCAACCAGUUCCCACCACCACGGUCACAGCCACAGCCACGGCCACGGCAGCACAAACGGCACGAAAACGACCAGCAUCCCAACAGGCCCGCGCCUACUCUCGGCCGGCCCCGUCCCCAGCAGCCUUCCGUCCCGCCCUCCGCCGGUCCUAAAGGGCGUCGUUGGUGCCCAUGGCCGCAGCGCCAGCACCAGCGCCAGCCACAGUGGAGGCACACGCAGCCGCACCUACUCCCGCAGCCGGUCGCGGAGCCGGACUGUGCAGGCAGGCGACGACACCCACACCACCGACCGCGGCGGUCGGAGCCGGACACGCAGCCGGAGCCGGACGCGUAGUAGAAGUCUCGACCGCAGUCGGAGUCGGAGCCGGAGUCAGAGUCGGAGUCGAAGCCGCAGUCGCAGCAGUUCACCGCUCGACGACCUGGAACUGGCCAUGCUGGGUAUGGCGCCGUCGGCGGCCGACAGCGGCCACACACGACGCAACGGCAGCAGUGGCCGGCGGACCCGUCGUGGCAGUGUCGACAGCGAUUCGAGCGGCGGGCGAUCCCGCUCCCGGUCGAGGUCCCGGUCGAGGUCUCGCUCUCGCGACCGGUCGCGAAAUCGGGAGAGUGAUGACAGCGAUGACAGCAGAAGCCGUGCGAAGAAGCGGAUGCGCCAUGUCAAUGGACGCAUUCCCAAACGGCGGCAGCCCAAAGAGUCGUCCGUGUACAGGUCAGUCUUCCGUUUCUUUUGA